AUGUCGACCACAACAUCUAGCGUCUUUUGCGUCAACUUGUCUCUCAUCCGCACGGACUGUUCCUCAGUGCAUCAGCACUUGCAUAGUUGCGUACGGCCCCAUACUCUGCAUAAGGGUGAGUGCUGCGUUGAGAUGCUGAGUAGCGCUAUGUGCAUGCUGCUGAUACAGUCCUGCAGCAGCACUCGUCUGCAAUGAGCCAACAAAGUGCAUCAAAAACCAAAUACGCAUUGCGCAUACGCCGUCGAGCAAAUGCAAGUUGACCGCAGCACAUCAUUCGUACGGUCAACAAAGUCUUGUUGCACAAGGUCUUGCAAGUGGAAGGCACAUGGCAGCUGCAGUGCGAAUGUAA